CGCCCUCCUCGAUUCAUUCGAUCAUCCCUCCUUCCGCUUAUAAACUCCUGCGUAUCCACCCGUUCCUUUCCGGCCUUGCUUUGGUUCCGGUUUCCCCUCAGGCUCCUCCCCGUCGCUCCAAGGCGAUCGCAACACAGGUAUUUAUAUAGAGAGAAGGACACGAUCGGAAGAAGAAGAAGAAGGGAUAGAAACGAGGAGGAGCAAUAGGAAAGAAGGAAGGAAGAAUGAGCGGGGGAGGGGUGGGCACGCGGACCCGGGUGGGGAAGUACGAGCUAGGGAGGACUCUGGGCGAGGGCAGUUUCGCCAAGGUGAAGUACGCCCGCGACGUGCGGACCGGCAACAGCUUCGCCAUCAAGAUCCUCGACAAGCAGCAGGUCCUCCGACACAAGAUGGUCGAACAGAUAAAACGAGAAAUUUCUACCAUGAAGCUGAUCAAGCAUCCAAAUGUUGUUCAAAUCUAUGAGGUGAUGGCUAGCAAGACAAAGAUAUACAUUGUUCUUGAAUUUGUUGAUGGAGGCGAGCUCUUUGACAAAGUUGCCAAUCAUGGAAAGUUAAAAGAAGAUGAGGCAAGAAGAUACUUCCAGCAACUCAUCAAUGCAGUUGAUUAUUGCCAUAGUAGAGGUGUAUACCACAGAGAUCUAAAGCCAGAAAAUCUGCUUUUAGAUUCUUAUGGUACCCUAAAAGUUUCCGACUUUGGAUUAAGUGCAUUUGCACCACAGAUACGGGAGGAUGGGCUGUUACAUACCACAUGUGGAACCCCUAAUUAUGUUGCACCUGAGGUUCUCAAUGAUAAAGGUUAUGAUGGUACAGCCUCAGAUAUAUGGUCUUGUGGUGUAAUACUAUUUGUCCUUAUGGCUGGAUACUUGCCCUUUGAUGAGCCAAAUCUCGUAACUUUAUACAAGAAGAUCUCUAAGGCAGAAUUUUUAUUUCCAGCCUGGUUUUCUUCUGGUGCAAAGAAAUUAAUUACACGUAUUCUAGACCCAAAUCCUCAUACUAGAAUUACAAUUUCAAAUAUUUUAGCAGAUGAAUGGUUCAAGAAAGGAUAUAAGCCACCAUAUUUUGAACAUGGCGAAGAUGUGAGCCUUGAUGAUAUUGAUGCUGUCUUCAAUAAUUCAGAGGAACAUCUUGUAACAGAAAAGAAAGAGAAGCCAGAAUCAAUGAAUGCAUUUGAACUUAUUUCCCGAUCACAAGGUUUCAACCUGGGAAAUUUGUUUGAAAAGCAGCUGGGUCUUGUCAAAAGGGAAACACGCUUUACUUCUCAGUGCCCUCCAAAUGAAAUUAUGUCUAAGAUAGAGGAAGCUGCUAAACCUCUAGGUUUUAAUGUGCGCAAACACAAUUACAAGAUGAAAUUACAAGGUGACAAGUCGGGACGGAAAGGCCACCUAUCAGUAGCCACAGAGGUUUUUGAGGUAGCUCCUUCUCUUCACAUGGUUGAGCUUCGUAAAACUGGAGGUGACACACUGGAGUUUCACAAGUUCUACAAGAAUUUUUCUUCGGGCCUGAAAGAUAUUGUCUGGAAGACUGAAACAAACUCUUAGAACUGAGGAGGCUUCAAAGUGGCUUACAGUUUACUUGGUCCUUGUGCGAUGAGAUCCAUCCUCCCAGGAAAAUGGAUGGCCUUGUCCUCAAGCAUAAAGCUGCGGUUGGUAGGUUUCCUGUUUCUUUUGUAUCAAAAUACAGGGCCUUUCUGAUGGCAGAAUGUGAUAAUAUUGUCCAUAUCUUUGAUCA